AUGCGGAAAAACGUUGACGAACAUGAUCUCCAAUCGGCGAAGCGGGCAUAUAAGUCGGCGGUGGCGGUGGGUGAUCGGAAGGAGGAAGCACGGUGGGCGAAUAUCAUCGGAAACAUCUUCAAGGAAAGAGGAGAGUACAUCAAGGCACUCGAAUGGAUCCGAAAAGAUUAUGAGGUGUCGAAAAGAUUUUUGCCGGAGAAAGACAUACUUCCUACCUGUAAUACCCUCGGCGAGCUCUUCCUCCGCCUUGAAGAAUAUAAGGAAGCCCUGGCUUACCAGAAAAAACAUUUAGAACUUGCUGAAGCGGCUAAUAACCUCAUUGAGCAACAAAGAGCUAGUACGCAACUGGGUCGGACAUACCAUGAACUAUUUAUGAAGUCUGACGAUGACCAUGAAGCGGGUCGGAAUGCCAAGAAGUAUUUCACUUCAGCAAUGAAGCUUGCGAAGGAGCUCAAGGAAAACCAUUGGAAUGGCAAAUGUUUUUAUCUUAGGGAGUAUGUUGAUGCCCAUAAUAACCUUGGAAUGAUUGAAAUAGAUUUUGAUAACUUGGAAGAAGCCGAGAAAAUUCUUGUUAGAGGUUUAGAGAUUUGUGAUGAAGAAGAGGUUUGUGAGAAUGAUGAUAGUCGUAGCAGGCUUCAUCAUAACCUUGGAUUGAUUUAUAUAAAGUUUUUGAACUGGGAGAAAGCUGAAGAGCAUAUUAAGAAAGAUAUUUCAAUAUGUGAGAGCAUCAGGCACUGCCAAGGGGAGGCCAAAGGUUUAAUCAAUUUUGGUGAGCUACACUCCAAGGUUCAAAGAUAUGACAAAGCCAUCAGUUGUUAUCAAAAGGCACUUCAGUUGGCGAAAUCAAUGGAGGAUGAAGAUGCUUUAGUCAGUCAGAUUGAAGAAAAUAUUGAAAUGGUUGAAGCAGCAAUGAAAGUAGCGAAUGAGCUAAAGAAAGAUACCCAGAAUCUUAAAAAGAUCGAAAGGAACGUUGAGAACUCUAGGGGAACUCCACUUGAAAGAAAGUACUUACUGCAACAUUUUACCUUUCUUGAUCGUCUAAUUGAGAAAUCACGCGUGAUCUUUGCAUGGAAAGAGCAUCUCAAGUAUGCGACCAUGAAAGUGAAGAUAGCGGAAGAACUUUGUGACAAAGAAAAGCUGGCUGAUUCCUUUUUUGUUAUUGGAGAAUCAAACCAAAAGCUCCGGAAGUUCAAGGAAGCUUGGAAGUGGUAUGCAAAGAGUUGGGAAACAUACAAACUGAUUGGAAACUUGGAGGGACAAGCAUUAUCCAAGAUUGAAAUGGGAAAUAUUCUGGACUCUAGUGGUUCGUGGAAGGCAGCUCUAAAGGCUUAUGAAGAGGGCUACAGGAUUGCCUCUGAAGCCAACAUUCCUAUUGCUCAAUUGUCAGCUUUGGAAAAUAUGCACUACAGCUACAUGAUGAGAUUUGACAAAGUUGAGAAGGCCAGGAACCUGCAAAUAUCAAUAAAGAAAUUAGAACGUUUGACCAGUAAGGAACAUGAGGAUAACAGUUUAGCAGGGAACGUUUGUCCUGAAACUGAAACAGAUACUGAAAGUCAGUCAUCAGAGGGAUCUGAAGUUGGUGUUUCACUGGGUAAAAGUGAUUCUAAUUCCUUCAGAUCUUCUCAUUCAUUUCCAGCUGACUUGAAUGAAGAUGUUCCUUUAAAAGCAUUUCUCCGCCCCGGAAAGAAAGCAACAAAGUUGAGCAGUUUGCAUCUAGCAACUCUUGAUUCAAUCAAGUUACCUGAAUCAUCUCCCAAGAGUGCUUCGAUGUCUUCAGGUAGUCAAGCUGUUGGCCAUAAACGUAAUCGUGCUAUCCUUCUUGAUGAUCAAGAAGAUGAAAAUCAUAGAGGCAGAAGAACACUUAAUUGCUUCCAUGAGGGAGCUACUACCUCAACUGGAUUUGAAAAUAUCAACUCUACCAGAAGUGUUCAUGAACUUGAGGAUGUUCCACCUCUUGCCUCAAAUUGUCCCAUUGCUGCUUGUACUCCUAUUGUUCUAGAAGAAAGUAGCUGUUCUCACCAAUCUAUGUCUUCUCUCCCAGCUCGUGAAGAUGCCACAACUUUCAGAUCUUCUUACACCAACCAAUCUGAUCAUCAAAAUUCUGGUGCAAACCCCCCUGAGAUUCCUUCUCGUGAACAUGAUAUGUCUAAUCUCAAUCCCUAUCAUUGUUCCGAUGAAAACUGUCCACAUAUAAUUAUCAAAAUUGGUGAUGACUUCAUACACAUACCCAAAGAAUCAUGCAUGACAGAGAAUAAACUGAGCAUAGAGCAGAUGAAGGUUGUAGCAGCAUGCUUGUACUACCUACAAAUGCCAUUUAACAAGAGAGAAACAGGUCAAGUACCAGUGGUGGAAGACAUAAUAUAUGAAGGCCGAACCUUAGAUUUUCUGGAAGCACUUGAUAUACUGAACGAUCACAAACCUGCACGAGGCUGGUUAGAAGGCUCAAUAGCAUUGUGGGAACCGAGGCGAGUAAUGAAACAAUACAUUGACUGCUGCAAGGAGCUCUCUGUACAACCCAAGCUCAAAGUUUUGAAGAACUUGUAUAAUCUAGAGAUAUCAGAAGAUGAAGUUAUAGCAUCUGAUUGUGAACUGGAAGAGGUGUCAGCUGCACCACUUCUUAAUGCGCUGCUUGCACACAAAGAAGUCUCUGUCAUAGACCUUUCUCACAAUCGCCUUGGGUAUGGUGCAAUGGAGAGGCUUAAGCAAGUGCUUAUGUCAUCAGAACAGAGGGACAAUACUCUAACUUUGGAUUUGCAUUGCAAUUCACUUGGUCGCUCGGCAUUAUUCCAUAUUUGUGAUUGCCCGGCACUGUAUUCACGACUGGAAGCAUUAAAUUUAUCUGGUAAUCGGUUGACUGACUCAUGUGCUUCUUAUCUUUCCAACAUAUUAAAGAACUUUCAAGCACUUUGCAGAUUGGAAAUCGAAAAUUGUUCGAUCACAUGCAAAACAAUUCAAAAGCUUGCCGAGUCACUUGAUGCAGGAUCUUCUUCACUUGCACACUUGUCCAUAGGAUACAACUCCAUAAAAGUCAAACCCAUUGUAGAUCUUUUGCUUAAACUUUCUGCUUUGAAGAGUUUUCAAGAGCUCAGCCUAGCUGGCAUCAAAUUACCCCAACAUUUUAUGGACAAGGUUGUUGAGAACCUGUGCAAACUUGGUAAGAAUGCAUCCUUGUCGAGGUUGGUGGUUGGAGGCACCGGCAUCGGAACAGAUGCCGCAUUGCGUUUAACUUCGUCAUUGUCAGAUGAGACUCAACAAAUGAAAUUAGAUCUAUCAUCAUGUGAACUGACGCCUCAGUAUGUAAUAAGGUUGAAUGUUGAAGUUUCUUUGAUAUAUCCUAUUUCUGAGCUGAAUCUUGGAGAAAAUCCAUUCAGGCAAGAGGGUGCCCUUGCCUUGGCUUCUUUGCUCGCUCAUCCGGCAUGCUGUUUAGAAGUUUUGGUGUUGAACAAAUGCCAAUUUGGUCUAGUUGGCAUCCUCCGAAUACUCGAGUCACUGUCUCAGAAUCGUUGUCUUUUGGAGCUCAAUUUGGCCGAGAACAUUCAUCCAGAGGAAAAUGUCUCUGAUUGCUUGAUGCCAGUGGAAGAAUGCUCACCCCUAAAGCAGGCAAAUCUCAACUGUCCUGACUUUUUGCAUAGUACAGCUCCAAUGGAGGCCUGCACAAUUAAUACAGAAUACAAUGAGCUUGAAGUUGCAGAUAGCGAUGAUGAUAGUGCCACGGGAACAGCUGCAGCAUCUGGAUUGAGGGAAACUCAUAUUAGCUCACAUCAGAAGAGCGAGCCGAGUUCCAACUGCGAUUACCUUGAAAAGCUCCUGGACGCCGUGAAAAAGAUUAAGAAGUUGCAAUUGUUGGAUCUUAGCAAUAACCGGUUAUGCAAGGAUGUUUCAGAGAAGUUGUGUGUUGCCUGGUCAUCAAGUUCAAGAGGCUCUGUAGCUCAAAGUCAUUUCACGGAUAACGUUGUUCAUCUCGCAGUACGCGGGAAAAAAUGUUGUGGUAGGAGACCAUGUUGCAGGAAGGUAUGA